UUCGAGUACCUACGUAUAUCUGUUUGAACUGCAUAGCCAAAUUUCUGGCAAUCGAUUUUUUUCUUAAUUGACAUAGGCUAAUUCUACUAGAUUUACCAAUUUUAAGAUUGUAAAGGCAAGAUUCACUAUGUCGAGCGUAACAAAACAAAAGUGUGGUCUUCUACUUGGAACACACUAUGAAAUAAUUGAAAAAUGUCUGUUGAACUUCGAGCCUCUUGAAUUAUCUCGCGUUGCUAGAGUUUGCAAAGCGUGGAACCAAGUUGCUAAGAAGAUUAUUGAAAUGAAGAGCAAGCAUCCGAUAGCUGUCAUUUCAGACAUUGAAUAUGUGAAGUUGGAGAGAGGCAUUCCUGCAUCGGCAGUAAAAGAUAGUUUCAAGCAUUGCCUAGGAUACAAGACCACUCUGCAUCUUUCUUUUAUAACAGAAAAGUGCAUCGGAGAUUUAGACCUACCAGGACUCCGACAGUAUUUGUCUCCAAAAUGCCGCAAUAUUUGCUUACCUGCGAAUGGGAUCAUAGGCACCAAAGCUGAUGGCGUAGUUAACACAAUGCUAAAUUUCCAGUUCAUACCUGAAAAGCGUGCAAAAUGCAAUAUGUGCAAUAUUGGCAUGAGUAGCAUGUUGCUCCCAUGCUAUGAGGGUGUCAAAGUUUACACAUUCCACACCUUAGGAAGUUCUUUCCUAGAUUCUGAGUUUUGGGAUGAAGGGCUGAAUUCCGGGACACUGGAGAAAAUUAUCCCUAAGGAAGAGACACUCAAGUGUGCUUUGGUGGUUAGCUUUGAUGGUCAGGAAACAGCAGCAGAAAUUUACAGGGACCUGUCAAAUAGACAAGAAGAACCGUUUGCUUUUGGCGGGUACUUUGCUGGUGAUGACAACCAAAUGUUCCUUGACUGUGGUAAUCAUUCGGAAAGACUGAUCCCAAGAGCCUGUGGUGUUCUCAUUACCGGAGGAAAUGUCGUUGCAGCGUCUGUUGUCAUCAGAGGUCAAACACUGAAAGAAAUUACUGUUGGAUUGGAAAAGCUCAAGUCUUACAACCUACCUGAAAAGAACGCAGUGUGCUUGAUGUUCAGUUGUGUCGGGCGAAGGAGGACCAAAAAGGAAGUAGAGAUCUACCAAAGCAUGUUUCCAAAUAUUCCACUAGCCGGUUGCACAGGCUAUGGGGAGUUCGGUAUAGACUAUUGCACGGACUCAAAGAAGGACCAGUCCUCAGCUAACAAGAGACUCAAAACUGAAACCCAAGUUCUCCAUGGCUUUACUUCUAUCUAUGUCAUGAUAUCUUCACGGAAUUAAUCUUCGAGCUAUUUCCUAAUCAUAUAAUUUUAGUUUUAUUUUUCAAAGUUCUCAAUCACGCGAUCUUAUUAAAAUAAUGGUAUCAAGAUCAAUUUUGGCAUCGGUCAGGUUAUGGUGUACUUAUGAUUGAUUAAUAUUCAGCAAAAACCUCAUAAUUAAUUGUGUAUUAAUGAAAUUGCUAAAAAAAUAAAAAAAUGUGUUGGUUCUAUUGUAUUUUUGUCAAA